AUGCUGCCAACUUCAUCAUCAACAAAAGCCCGAUCGGGUUCUCAUGCGGCCCGACCCAACACUUUCCUCCCUCAGUAUAUCCGCAAAAUAGUCAAGUGGCAACAAAUGGACAUUGAAUAUACUUUCUGGCAAAUGCUUCUCCUUUGCACAUCUCCAAAAAUAGUAUAUCAACACACCAAAUACCACAAGCAAACGAAGAACCAAUGGGCACGUGAUGACCCUGCAUUUGUUGUAGUAUGCAGUCUUCUUUUAACAAUAUCUACAAUAGCUUAUUGUGCCGCCUAUGAUCACAGUGCUGGACAUGCUGCUUUUGUGGUUAUUUCAGUAUUGCUUUUCCACUUCUUCUUAGCAGGGGCACUUGUGGCAGCAUUUUGUUGGUUCGUUACUAACAAUUAUCUACGAGAAGAAGUCCCAGACAGUCACGUGGUGGAGCAACGGGUAGAAUGGUUGUAUGCUUUUGAUGUACACUGCAAUUCUUUCUUCCCCAUGUUUGUGCUUCUUUAUGUUGUACAUUAUUUUCUGUCCCCUCUUCUGGUAGCUCAUGGUUUUGUUCCUGUUUUGCUAUCGAAUCUGCUCUUCAUGGCAGCCAUUUCCUACUAUCAUUACCUCAAUUUUCUAGGCUAUGAUGUAUUGCCAUUUUUGGAGAGAACCACUUUUUUUCUGUAUCCAAUUGGUGUUGCCAUUGUUCUAUCUCCUAUCUUGAUUUUGAGCGGCUUCAACCCAUCAAGAUACUUUAUGAACAUGUACUUUAGUCGAUUGCUAUAG